UCUGGUGCCAAACCUCAUGCGCUUAAAGCACCGGUGCGCUUCACUCGGGGACACACAUUUACAGAAGCAACAAGUCAUCAAGCAUCAUUUUAUUUAGCAAAUUAAGCAUUACAGGUUUAGCAUCCUCCUUCAUUCAGAGUCCUUAAAACUACUCCAAGCUGCUGCUGCUCGCUAGUUUUCUCAGCUUCAGAGUUUGAAUGGCUCGGAGGAUCCAGGCUCGGUGAAUCCUGCAAACCGAGGAAAAGACAUGUCCCCGUUAUUCAUGGAGACCGGGUACGAUCUGUCUAGCCCCGGCUCGGAGUCAGCUGAGGAGAGCAACACCCCUGGAUCUGAGAGAGAAGGAGUGAGAGGAAAAAGAGGGAGAAAAACAGAAAAAAACAGAGACUCUGCGAGGAAGAGCCGGAGAAAACAAACGGAGAGAGCGGACGAACUUCAUGAGGAGCUUCAGAGUCUGGAGAGAUCAAACUCAGCCCUGAAAAAGGACAUUGCCACAUUGAAGAAAGACCUCAACCUCUAUACAACGGCUCUGGAGUGCCACAAGCCUUGCUUCCUCAAAGACGCCUUAUCCGGCUCCUCGACCCACCUCUCAGUUCCCCCCUCAGCCGCCUGUGAAAGCAAACAACUCUCCUCUUCAACUCCUCGUCCCAAAACCUCAACAUUAGCCUCACCUAGUGGCUCAGCUCCUGAACUCUUCAGCUCUGUAUCGGCUCCUUACGCUGCCUCUUUCUCUGCAGUCCCUGCUCCUCACUCUUUGUUUUACGAGGUUCCUCCUAUAAUCGCAUCAAGGCCGCCAAAAAAUGCUCCUCCUGUGUGCACCAGCCUUGUUUUCAACCCCUCUAGCUCCCUCCCUGCACCCACUCAAACUAAAUUUGAGCAAGCAAACAUCCAUAAAAGCUUAGCAAAUGCUAGUUUCUCAAUGAAUGAAUUUCUAAUGAAACAAGCUCCUUUUCGAACCCCUUCAUCGAACGUAAACUCCCAUUUAGAGGCAGGAAAAGCAGUGCAAGGCUGUCUCAUGAAUGUGCACCAGCUUCAUACAGAACAAUUGAGCAGAAAUUCCACUCUGCCGUGUUCUCUUUUACCGCAUAUUCUUCAAGAACCUGCUCUUAAGUCCCUCUCAGAGCCGCCCCCUGCCUCAGCUUUUGCCUUAAAGCCGAGAAAUAGUCGACAACUGACCCUCAAUCCUGCGUCUCUGCUUUCCCAGCUCACCGUCCCGAGCCCCCUCUACGUGCCUCUGACUACCUCCAGCAGCUUUGACAUACCUCCGCCCCCACCCUCGCUGCCACCACUGGGGGAUCCCCCGAGAGAUUUCUCCCUCUCUGAGCUCCUGGAGGGCAAUGAGUGGAUUCUAAGCGGGACUAGUCAUCAGUGCCAAGGCAUGCCACAACGUGAACACAUGCUCUUUUAAUUUAUAUGUUUUUAGUAAUGUAUUUAAACACUGCUAUCACCUCCAGUUUCUGUAAUGCAGCCUCUCUGUUAUAAAUGUGGAGCAGAGAUAACCGUAAUUAUGUUAUUGUAGCAUUAUCAGGUUUUUUUUUUCACACCAAAACAUUUGAAUUUGUGAAAUUCUGCCUUUUUUAUAUGAUCCAGCUGAGUUUUCAGAGAAUGGAACUCUGCUUCAGUUUCCUAAAACUCUACACAAGCAAAAACUCAAUGAAUGUGCCCCUUGUCCAUAGUUUUACAAGAUACUUGAGACGAAACCAUGCAAUAACAUCAAGUACAGUUUUUCAGUUUGGAAUUAAGUCAGGUAGGUGGGUGUUUUAUCCCUUCCUUAAUCAAGAGACAAGACACAGCAAACAUGAUUCAACAUUCAAACCCUGGAAAUUGGGCGGUGUACUCACUUCCCUGCUAAUUCUAGGAAAAUCUGUGUCAGGAGCUGAAUGUGUGGACAUCGAUGUUCCAAAGUAAACCACACAGCCCUGCCCUGGCGAGUAUGGUAGUUUUAUAACGGCAGGAAACGUUCUAAUUUGUUUCAACUAUUCUAAAAUACACAUCAUACACUUUUCACACAUUUCUACUGAUAAUUUACUCAAUUAGCGGAGCCUUUUUAAAGCUAUCACUAUUUAUUUUUUCUACAUUUUAGAUAAUAAAAAUCUCUUCAUUUUAAAAUAAUAUAAAUGCAUUAUUUGUACUUACUGUAAGCGUGCUACUUUAUGACUAAUUUUUUAUUUGGCUCUUUUAUCAGCUUUGCUUGAAGAUCACAAGACAAAUAGGCCACUGCCCAGGGCCCCAAACCCUCAGGGGCCCCAGAUUGUGGGUGGGUCUGCAGCCCAUGUGUGGUGAUUUGAUUCAUUUCUAAUAGUUAACGGUUUGGGUAUCUAUAUUAUUUAUUUGAUUUAUCCACCAGUUUCUAAAUGAAUGUGAGCAUUACUAAAUAACCUCAGACGGUCUUAAAGGGCCAGCAGCUCUUUUUUUGCCGGGGCUCCCUAUUGGUGAAAAAUGGGAAUGAUUACAUAGGCAAUUUUAUAUGAUGACAGUUAGGAAAUAUAUAGACAUAUGCAUCAUGAUUGUAUGAAAAUGACGAUUUUGUUUUUCAAAUGAUGAUUUAUGUGGCAGAAUAUUCAGCUUUAUAUCUGUAGGUAUAAGGGAUAUAGAUGCAUGUGCUCCACAUAGAAGUGUAUGAGUGAAUUAUGACUUUUUUGUAUUUACCGUGCAUUAGAGCAAUAUAUUUAUCCUUUAAUACUGGUUGUAAUACAAAAGUUAGUUGCGAAUAAAACAUCUUUAUUGAAAAAUGUAUUGUGUAGUUUUGCUUAGUUUACAAGAAUGUUUUGAUUCAAAUGAUAUCCAUGGACAGUUGAAUUAAUAAGCAAUUAAUUUG